GAUGGUAACAUCGAUUUUUUUGCAGCUCUAAAAAAACUUUAUUGUUAAUGUGUAAAUAAUAGUGAUAAGAAGCAACACAGCUGUGCGGAUUGCGAAGCGGAUAGUAAAGCAGACGGCGUACGAAACGAGGGCGCAUUAAGAAAGCGCUGCUUGUUGGCCGUAAGGGCAGCACGGAAACCAGAGAAAUCCGGAGAAGCAACAGCGCAGUCGACAGCGACGCCCACGCAGCGGAAGUAAUAAAAAAGAAAAGAGAAAUCGGAAGCAGGGAGAGUUCGGAGGAGAAGGAGGAGGAGCAGCAGGAGGAGUUGGAAACGCAGGUGGGACUCGGGCUCUAGCUGGCCAAAAUUGUGCAGCAGGAUCUGGAAGCGAAGGAACCGCCAGGAGCAGCUGCCUCACAACGCUAGCAGCCAUCGAAGUCAUGCCGCUGGCCGAUUCCCAAAAGGAUCUCCGCCAGCAGCCUCAGCAGCAGCAGCAGCAGCAUGUGUCCUCCACCAGCAGCAACAACAACGCGGAGCUGCAAUGCAGCAGCAGCAGCGGAUUGGGCCUGCAGCUGCGCCAGCGCAUGCAAAUUACCUCGUCCGGCUGCAGCAGCCUGGCGGUCACGCCCAUGGAACACACGCCCACCGAGGACGAAGAGAGUUGUGGAGGCAGCAGCGGGGUCACCUCCUCGGUGACCACUGUGACAUCAUCGCAGCGUCGCCAGCAGCUGCAACAGGUGCAACAGCAAUCUGCUUUGCAGGCGGCCCUCGAGCAGCAUCACAUCUCACCAGCAGCAGACCUGGAUUCCGCCAGGGAAAGGCCGACGCAUCGAACACUGUGCCCGCCGCCAGAACUAAUGGAGCUGAGUGAUUCCGAGUCCCAGGGAGGCGUAGAGACUGGCGGUAGAAGAGAAGGGGCUACUGGACGAAGUGCACCUGAUUUGGAAGACACGGAGCCCCUAGACGAAACCGAAAACGAAUUUGAGCUCAAGGAAGUCAUUAAGGAGGGGCACGACAAGGCCGAUCCCUCGCAGUUCGAACUCCUACGGGUCCUGGGCGAAGGUAGCUUUGGCAAGGUGUUCCUAGUGCGCAAGAUCAUAGGCAAAGAUGCCGGAACACUCUACGCCAUGAAGGUGCUCAAAAAGGCCACCCUUAAAGUAAAAGAUCGCGUAAGGAGCACCAACGAACGCAAAAUACUAGCGGACGUGGGGCAUGCCUUCAUCGUACGACUUCACUAUGCCUUCCAAACUCCCGGAAAACUUUACUUGAUACUAGAUUUUCUUCGUGGUGGUGAUCUGUUUACCCGUCUGUCGAAAGAAGUUAUGUUUACGGAAGAAGAUGUCAAGUUCUAUUUGGCGGAACUGGCGCUUGCUAUGAAUCACCUACACACGCUGGGCAUUAUCUACAGGGAUCUGAAGCCGGAGAAUAUUCUACUUGACGAGCAUGGCCAUAUAGCCCUGACGGACUUCGGCCUAUCCAAGCAGCCUUUGGAUGGCUCAAAAACCUACAGCUUUUGUGGUACCGUGGAAUACAUGGCGCCGGAGAUCGUGAACCGAAAGGGACACGAUUUUGCUGCCGAUUGGUGGAGUUUUGGGGUGCUCAUGUACGAAAUGCUAACCGGGAAUUUACCUUUUCAUGGCCAAACCCGCCAGGAGACUAUGAAUCAGAUCCUUAGAAGUAAGCUGGGCAUGCCGGAGAAUCUAUCGCCGGAGGCACAGUCACUGCUGCGGGCUCUCUUCAAAAGGAACCCCCAGAAUCGUUUGGGUGCGGGUGCCCAAGGAAUUUUGGACAUCAAGGCGCACUGCUUUUUCGCCACCAUCGACUGGGUGAGAUUAGAACGAAAGCAGGUGCGUCCGCCUUUUAUACCGGCGGUUAGCCGAGACGAUGCCUUUUACUUUGAUGUGGAGUACACCUCAAAGUCCCCCAGGGAUUCGCCGGGUGGUCCGAUCUCCGCAUCUGCCCAUGAGAUAUUCCGCGGGUUCAGCUUUGUGGCUCCUGUCCUCCUGGAAGGUCAGUGUGCCGGCUCGAAUAGCUGCUCCACCAGUGCCAGUCCGCUGCAUAGUAUAGCUCCUAUUCCUGCUGCUCCCGUGGGAGCCCCUCGAACAUUACCCGGCGUCCUUCCCGGAAACUUCCAUGCGGAAUAUAAUCUGCUGCAAGAACUGGGCCGUGGAACCUUUUCAGUUUGUCGGCUGUGCGAGCAUCGCGCCUCCAAGAAACAUUAUGCAGUAAAAAUAAUCGAAAAGGCAGCUGUGGCCGCCGCAUCCACAUCCACAUCCGCCGAUUGUUGGGAGGAGGUGGAGAUUAUGCUGAGGUACGGCAACCACCCAAAUAUCGUCACCCUGUACUCCGUUUACGAGGACGCGGGAUCCGCCUAUCUCGUGAUGGAGCUGCUGAAGGGUGGCGAGCUACUCGAUCGCAUACUUGCCGUGGGUCAGAUGUGCGAGAGUGAGGCGGGCGCUGUUUUGAGGACAAUUGCAUCCGCGGUAGCAUAUCUCCACGAGCAUGGCGUGGUCCAUCGGGACCUCAAGCCCUCGAAUAUGAUAUAUGCCAGCAUGCGGCAAACUCCCGAGACACUGAAGCUCUGCGAUUUGGGUUUCGCAAAGCAGCUGCGUGCGGACAACGGACUCCUGAUGACGCCCUGCUACACGGCCAAUUUCGUGGCUCCUGAGGUGCUGAAGAGACAGGGCUAUGAUCUGGCUUGCGACAUCUGGUCUCUCGGUGUGCUGCUGUACAUCAUGUUGUCUGGCAGGACGCCUUUCGCCAGCACUCCAAAUGAUUCCCCAGACGUGAUACUGAAGCGCAUCGGAUCGGGACACAUUGACUUCACGAGCAGUCGCUGGGCACUGAUCAGUGUGCCUGCCAAAGAACUUUUGCGCCAGAUGCUACACAUAGUACCGGAGAAUCGGCCAACGGCGGCGCAAAUUCUUGAGCACGCCUGGCUGCGGGAACAAUUCGCCGGCGGCGUACAGCUUACGGAGUAUGCCGUGGCGCCCGGGUCGCAACUUUCGUUGGGUGCCCAGCAGCAGCAACAGAAUCACAUCUCCAUGGCUUUACGAGGAGCUGUUGAUGCCACAUUCCGGGCUAUUGCCAUACCUCAGGCGGCGAAUGUGGGACCCGUAGAACUUUCCAUGCUGGCCAAGAGGCGGGCCAAAGAUCGAGCCAACCUGCACUCCUAAUCCUGGGCGGCUUCAUGGUGUCCGCGGCGCCAGGCCAAGAGGCAGAUAAUCCGAAUAGUUUUCCGACUCUAUAGUAUUCUAAUCCAAUGCUGCUGUGCCAUUCGGCGACGUCUUGUCAAGGGCAAUGUGCACAAGCUUGGUUCACAUCCAAAUACGCUGGGCAAUCCUCGCCAACGCUGUCGCAGCACCAAACUGCGUGUGGUUUAGUGUGGUUAGGAGGAGUCGAGGAAUCGAGGAAUCGGCCCAACUUUAAGUAUUUGACAAGUGUUAAUUAUUUAUUUUAUAUGAAAGCAUACCAAUAUGCCAAGGCCGUAAAGCAAUGUGCGGGGCAUCUAUAUACACAUAUAUAACUAUACAAAUACGGAUAUACACCUAUAUAUAGCUAUUUAUAUAACGAAUCCUAAAGCAAGGGCCUAGAGAGCGUGUGUGCAUGUGGCGCCAGAAUCAUCCCAGAUGAUGCCUGAUGCCACAAUAUUUAUCCCAAACUGGAAACUGAAGUGAAGCUUCUCGCACACACAAGUUUACAACAUAUAACAAAAUACAUACAUAUUUUUAAUUAAAUUAAUCGUAGCUAAAUUUUUCAACAUCACCGUGUUAUUGUUGUUUAACUAAUUAAUUAAAAUGAACAAGAAAAAGAAAACUGAAAAAAGUAUUAACAAAACAAAAAAAAGAAGAAGAAUAAAA